CAAGUGCGAUGCUAGUCGAACCAGGGUCAAAGCAUGCACGGUAGCACGCUAUACGGCCCAAAUGGACUUACUUUUCUCACUAUUUUAAAUUUUCUAAGCUGCCAGCCUCUGGAGUAUUCAUCCAGGAAGCUUUAUUAAUCUUUUGGCUGUCGGUAAAAAUCGUUAAAACCCUUGUGGCGCCGCGCGAAAGUGGAAAAGUUGGGGGAAGUUUGGAGAAUGUCGAAGUCUGAUAGCCAGUGCAUUCGACUUACUUUGCAGUCGUGAGAGGAUCCAAAUCUGACGCGAGUGGUCGCGAGGGCACCUCGAAAAGGCUGUUCAAACCCAUCUCAAGGAUAAAUAAUUGUCCAGGAAUCUAAAGGGAGAAUUGUUGUAUCCGCAAGUUGUGUUUUUGGACUAUAAUGUCUGGGCGAUCGAAACGCGGGCCUAGAAGACCAAGGAACGCCGAUACUCCGUUUACUCCCAGUCGGUGUAUUCCACCAGCUUCCCCUCUAACACCUGAUUCAGAGGAGGGAUUUGUCAUCACUGAACCAUGCACGACCAAAAACAGGGGGCGCUCUAAGCCCUCUCCUCCUGUCAGGUCAUCUCAUCCUGUCAAGAAGACCAGGGUUAAUGCACAGAGCAAACUGAAGUCACCUAUACAUGCUGCUGGAGCAAUGGGUAUCGACAUGCCAAGGCGUGAGGGUGAAUGCAUGACAGACCAUAGAAAGGAGCCCUGUUCCCUGAUGGUGGAUGCUAUGGGUCAGCCUGUCCCCUUGGAUGCUAGUAGUGCUGUCCAACCAUCUGAUCUAGAAGAAGAGCUGUUGUUAAAAGACAAGCUAUGCGCAUUCUGUAACUGUGGUCCUGAGCGGAGGAUGUUCCAAGGCAAACUGCAACGCUGUGCUCCAACCCCAGGCUUCAACCCUUUCAAGAAAACUGCCCAGAACACCACCCAACAACAACCAAACUUUGAGAUGGUACCCAGUGAGCCAGCAGACAUGGGAAAGGAAGCCAUGGAUGAUGUUCCCCUUCCACAGCCAAUGGUACAUAGGCGUGGUCCAGGCAGGCCCCCAGGUAGAGGUAGAAAGAAAGGAGCCGUUGUUAUUGGACUUCCCCUUCGAAACAGUUCGCAGAACAUGACACCCGACAAGUACACCUUUGGUACAGUGAAGGAGCAUGAAGUUCAUGAAGCAUUUGAAAGUGAUGGCUCAGUGUGGGCCCAUCACUGCUGUGCCUCCUGGUCAGAGGGUGUUUGCCAAACUGACUCUUAUGAUCUGGUUAAUGUUGACAAGGCAGUCUAUCAGGCCAUGACAGAGCGAUGUGCCCACUGCAGUCGAUUUGGAGCCAGUGUGGUAUGCCAAGUCCCUAGGUGUGGUAGAACAUACCACUACCCAUGUGCAGCUAGUGCUGGUGCAUUCCAGGAAAUUCACUCCAUGACAAUGCUUUGUCCAGACCACUUGGAAGAUGCAGGUCGUCUUGGUGGUGCAGAGGCACAGUGCUAUCUCUGUGGAGAGGCCAAAGAGAUUGCUGAGAUGCUGUUCUGUACUAGCUGUGGUCGACACUAUCAUGGCCGCUGUCUAGAUCCUGCUGUAGAAAUUACUUCUCUUGUUCGCAUGGGCUGGCAAUGUCCAGACUGCAAAGUUUGUCAAGGAUGCAGGCAACCAGGUGAUGACAAUAAGAUGCUGGUGUGCGAUGUGUGUGACAGGGGCUACCACACCUUUUGCCUGGAUCCACCAAUGACAACAAUACCAAAGACAGGCUGGAAAUGCUUGAGCUGUCGGAGAUGUGAAGACUGCGGCUCUAACACACCUGGAGGAGGGCCAACCUCACGCUGGCAUAGGAACUACACUGUCUGUGAUAGCUGCUACCAACAGAGGAAUAAAGGGUUAUUUUGUCCCCUUUGUGGAAGAGCCUAUAGGCAGAUCUCUGACGUGGCAAUGGUAAAAUGUGAAAUCUGUGAGAAGUGGCUACAUGCAGAGUGUGACAAUGUUGACCCAGACACUUAUCGAUGUAUUGACUCAAGGAAGAUUCCUUAUCACUGCCCAAGUUGCAGAGUUAAAAAGCAUGAGAUUGUUACUGACAAUGGCAGCUUCUAUGAUAAUAAUCAAAUGAGUGAUGACCCAGUCAUGCCCCAGAGUUUAUCUGAUGAAGAUAAGAGAACAUUGACAUCUGCUGCUAUAGGCCGCAUAACACCCAGUCCAAUGGAUGAUGAGCUGCCAUUGUUGCACAGCAGUCUGGAUAACAAUCUGGAUGACAUGAACCCAUUACGCACUUUCAGCGACAGUCUGAUGGACACAGAGAUGUCCAUGCAUAGCUUAGAUAAGAUGGUCAGUGAUACGAAGCUUCCAAUGGAAGAUGAGAUGGAAGUGUUUGGCUCAUCAUCUGGCCUACCUGAUUCACCACCUCACUCGGACAACAUGCAAGAGGAGAAACUGUUUGUUAGUGCAUCCUAUUGUGCUCCAACUCGAUACACCACCACACCUCCCAAAAACAGUGGCAAGCGAAAACCUGGACCAAAGUUCAAGGGAAAAACUGGGACACCUGUAAGAAAAAAACCAAAACACGAAAAACGAGGUCGACCUCCAACAAAGUUAAAAAAGCAAAAUUCUGUGCAGCCAUCACCAGGGAAGGAAAAUGUGUCGGGUGUGGCUAAUUCUGCUGAACCACCCACCAAGGAGGAGGAGAGUGAAGGCCUGCAUUCUACGCUUGUGCUUUUCUCAGCCGAUGAUGAGUUCACUACCAAGCAGGACAUGUGCUUGUGCUGUGGCAGCUUUGGCAAAGGCCCUGAAGGUCAACUCAUUGUCUGUUCGCAGUGUGGCCAGUGCUUCCAUCCAUAUUGUGUUGGUGUCAAGGUCAAUAAAAUGAUACUAAGCAAGGGCUGGCGGUGCCUUGACUGUACCCUGUGCGAAGGGUGUGGUAAAGGUAGCGAUGAGGCACGGUUAUUGCUGUGUGACAGCUGUGACAUCAGUUAUCACACCUAUUGUCUGGACCCCCCUCUUGAAAAAGUUCCACCCGGAGGAUGGAAGUGCAAAUGGUGUGUAUCAUGUGAUGACUGUGGAGCAACAAGUGCUGGCACACAGUGUGAGUGGCAGUCAAACUACACCCAGUGUGGGCCGUGCGCUAGUAAAACUUCUUGCCCUGUCUGUAACAUCAAGUACAAUCUGAACGAUCUGAUGAUCCAGUGUCUGCAUUGUGACAGGUGGCUUCACGGCUCAUGUGAUGGUCUAAUGACUGAAGAAGAAGUGGACAGGGCAGCUGACUAUGGUUACCAAUGCUUGUACUGCAGGCCAAAGACCAAGUGUUCCUUAGGGGCUUUGAGCGGUCCGCCAUCUCCAAGAGCUACUGCCUUACAUCACUACCGCCCACAAUUCUUAUCCGAAUUACAUCCUCCUCAACCCCAAGCUAAGCCAAUUCACCCCUGUCAGCGACUGACCAACAGUGGCCUUGUUGAAAUGAAAUUGCCGAUUCAGUCGACUUCGCCAAAUCUCGGGAUGACCCCACAGCCUGUAGCUGACAACAUUCUCCUCACAGAAUCUGGGAUAAAGCAGAUGAGUAGACUGAAGAUCUCUCCUGCCUCGAGAAGAAGAGCCAAGGUAAAAAACAAGAUUAAAUCAAAGAUGGAAACUCCAUUGAGUCCUCUGAAGAAAGGCGUCUUGAGUCCUUUGAACGAUGAACAGAUGAACAUAGACUAUUAUAAUGACAACGCAGUUGACUACACCAGACAGCUGACAGCAACCACUCUAAAAAAAAAUGCCCAUCGCCCAGGUGUCGGUGGUUUUCUGGUACGUGGUAGAGGAGCAGCAGCAAGGAAAUUUGGUGGGCGUGGCUCAAGGGGUCCUCGACGAAAGGGGCUGGAUAAGAUGCUAGGUAGAGGUCGACACCGAGAAAGUCAAGAGCAGCUUCAUGAGGCGAUGAUGGAUACUACCAGCAAUGCUGCGUGGGCUGAUGAGGCAGAUAAGACAAGAGAGACAUCCCUGCAGGAAGCCUACCCAUCUUGGAUGCAGGUUGGGGAUGCAUUUUUUGGCAAAGAGCUUUUGCAACCGCACUCUAAGAAAAAGAAAGCUAAGCAUGAGCCCGUCACCCCAAGUGAUCACCAAACAAAUAAGCAGCCCUCCCAAGGCCUGCACCAGACCCCGAUGGCUGACCUUAGUGCCAUGAACCAAGACCAAACUGGCCGUGAUCAACAAACAAGCUGGCAAAGCGCAGGUGCAGAAGCAGCACUGCCUACUGAGGGGAUUCCCAUACCUGACGACCUGCCCAAUCCUGAUGCUCUCUACCGCAGCCUGGAUAUGCUCACAGCUGAGGUGAUGCCUAUAGGAACACAGGACGGACCAACGGUAGAGCAAAAUAUGCACCAAGAACAUUCACUCGUUAACAGUACCCAUACCCGUACUAACCAUGGACAGCCCCAGACGUCUGAUCCUCUUAUACAGCAGCCUCAUCCAGCACAGGCAAAUGACCUGGACUUUUUACCAUCUGAUCUUGAAAUUCUCCCCCAUGUCGAUGGCCAAGAAGUGGAAGACAUAUUUGCAGGAAUCGAAAUGGAAAUGAAAUGCCGGGAAACAGGUUUUAUUGGUAUAGAAAACAACAGCCAGGGUUGCCUCCCUAACAACUCCAAUGACCAGAUUUCCAGACAGCCAACAGAUAUGCAACGUCCCAUGAGUUACCAUGGAAACCACCCAGAAAUCGGGCCUUAUACACCAGGCCCACAUGGUCCAGGGUUCGAACGCUCGUUUCCUACGCAGUAUCCACAGGUUUCACAAAGAUUUAGUCAGUUUGCGGCUGAGCGUGAUUCGUUCCAGGUCCAGCCUGAUGGUCGUGUUUCGCAUGCCAUGAGUAACAUUGGGCAAUACCCGUUCGAGAAUGAUCCCCCUGGUUUCCCCAAAAAGCAAGAGUUUGAUCUGGCCAGUGAUCUUCCUCGUGAAAGAAGAAGGCCACCAAGCCCUCGUGCGGACCCAAUGAAGCAGCAGCAGAAGUGGCAAGAGGAUGAAAAGCUUGGGGCUACAGCCACUAUAUCACCAGUGCUGUACGCGAAUCUAGAGCAUCCAAACCUGAGCGCCGAAUACCCAGAAUGGACUAACAGAUACAGGGCGAUUGCGCGUCUCUGGCGCAAACUAACGGUUGAACAAAGGGAGCCAUAUAGGCUGAAAGCGCGCGACAACCGAGUUCGACUGAAAGACCAGGAAAAAAGGCUUCUGCGACAGAGUGAGAGUGAAAAGAAACAUGCUGCUCUUGAACAACCACCUACACCUGCACCUCAAGUAGAGACCCAGCCUGAGACCCCAAUCCACCAAGCAGCGAGUCCCUUUGUGUUUAGAGACAACCAACAACCCAAGCCUGCUCCUCCUCCACUCACCCUAACUGAGCAGCACCAGAUGGCAGUUGGUGAUCUGCCAUCCACGACACACCAAGAAAUGCAGCCUUUGUCUGUCCCACCAAGAUCUACCACACCCACGACUCCUCUGAGUAGCAGUGGACCAUCUACGCCUAUCUCAACUGUGGCUCCAAUGACACCUUUGACGCCUACCUCUCCUCGAGGCCUUGAUAUGCUGGCCAUGCAGCCUGGUUACGAUGCUAGCCCUGCUUCAAAGAAUGCAGCAUCCGCCCGAUCUGCUUCAAUGAAAGCAAAGAGGUCAAAGGAGGAAAAGGAGAGGGAGAAGGAACGACGGAAGCAGAAGCUCAAGAUUCAACAAGAGCAGGAAAGGCAGUGGAAGCUUCUGCAGCAAAGGCGUCAGCUUGAACACCAAAGGCAGCAACUGCAGCAGCAACAGGAGACGCAUAUGAUGAGGCAGGAGCUGAAACGAACCCAGCAAGCCAAGGGUCUCAGGAUGGGCGAGGAAAAGAAAAAGAAAUCUCCUCAAAAGGCGGGCAAAAAGUUCAGUUCAGGUCCUUCCUUUGGCGACAAGGAGGAGGAGUUAUCAGGCAGCAGUAUGGAUCAUCACAGCGAAGGAGCUAUGCAACCAUCACCUGCAGUCUCGACCUCCAGUAGCCUUGAUUCGCAUCUGUCUGCCUCUCUACAGGACAGCUUUGGAGGCAGCAUGCCUUCAGAUGGCCUGAUGGACACUACAUCGAGCACUGGAAUUAGUCACGGUCUAGAAGACAUGGGACCUCUCUCGCCUGCCACCAGCGUUGAUAAUGUAGUUGCAAUGGUUAAUCAAUCUCCCAUGCAGCAAGUUGCUGGUGGAAACUGGAACGAAUGGAAUACAAAUUCGAAGACCAGUAACCGAGAGGGCCCUCAACAGACACAUACCACUCCCAGUAGGAUGGGCCAGCCACCUCAGGCAGUUGAUCAAAGUAUGGUCAUUGCGCCACGACAGCAGGCUCCAAGUGUUUCACAGGAAGACACUGGCGUAAUGCAGUCGUGGCAAGGCAGACCUAUUCCCCAACCAUCUGAUUGCCGCGUUAGCCAUGAACAGGCUCUUCCACAUCACAGUGUGGGAUUUACUUACCACAACCAGGAACAAAUGUGGAAAGGCAGUGCUUUGUCCCAGCCUGUUCAGCUGAAGGGAAUGCAGGUGUCAUCAGAGGACAUAGGUAUGUCUUUAACUCCGUCUGUAUCCGGAGGCCACAUGACAGCAGAGACAACCCCAUCAUCACACCAGCUCCCAAAGAGUCAGGGCCAGUGGCAUUCUUCCAACAUACCCUCCUCGAUGGCACAACAAGUAGCUCCGCCUGCGAUGGAAAAUGUUGAUAUGCAUCAAGAAUGGCAGUCUCAGACACAGGUUUCAUCUGGCGUUCCUCCCCUUAAACACCAGCAGCAAAGUGGACCAUCACUCCCUAUGUCAGCGCAACAACCAGUGAUGCAACAGCCAAUCAACCAACAAGUGCAGAUACCACAACAAGGUAUGCCUGUGAACAUUCAGCCUGGGCCACCUCCUGCACCACCGCCACCUCCUGUCCAACCUGUUGGUGCACAGCAGCAGCCAGACGAUCAGCAGCAACUUGAGCUACUGCAGAAACAGCAGCGAGAGCAACUCAUGCGUGCCCAACAGCAGCAAUUUCUUCAAAUGCAAAUGCAGCAACAGCAAGCUCUACAACAGCAACAACAACAGCAGCAGCAACAACAACAACAGGCCAUCGCUGUGCAACCGUCCUUUGUAAGAGGUCGUAUGAACCCUGUUGUUAAUACCAAAGAUAUGCCAGAGAUUGAUAGUGAAGAAGAGCACCAAGAGCGCCUGCGGUUUUUGUACCGCCAGAGACAACUACAGAAGCAGCAGAUGCAACUGCAAGCUCAAGUCGCCCACCAAACCAUGUUUCAGCAGCAGUGGAAUACUGUACAGGGCUUUGUGCCUGGUGCAUUGCCGGCCGACCCUAAUAACCCUCAGAUGCUGCAGCCACAGAUAGCACAGAUGCGGCCUCAAGCCCCUGACAUGAUGCAGCAACAACUGAUGAUGGAAUACCAGCGGCGCAUGCAACAGCGACAUGAUCUCGGACAGCAGACAUUGCAGUAUGACAAAGUUGUGCAGGAGCUGCAUCAGCAGCAGGGUGUCCAGAUGCAGGUUAACCAACCUCAAGGUGUAAUGGAAGUCUCUCACCAAAGGUUUGCUUUGCGACAUCCAGCUCCUGGUUUACCGCCACCUCCACAACAGGUCCCUGGAAUUUUGCCUGGCCAAGUUCCCUUGCCUGGUGUUGAUGGACAGCAGCUGUAUCAAAUGCAGUUACAACAACAGCAGAUUUUAAUGCAGCAGCAGCAACAUCCCAAGAGCACCAUCCAUCCGGAGGCAGAGGCAAGUCAGCAAACCAUCAAAGACCAAAACCUAGCAGCUAAGGAAACUUUGUCAAACAGCACUGUUUGUGGUGCUGAUAAGGAGAAACUAGUUCCCGUAAAGUGUGAUGCUGAAGAGGAGGCUAAAGAAGGAGCAGUAGAUGAGAAGAGCGACGAGUCUAAGACAUCAACUGAAGCUAAGGAGUCCAAAACUGACGAUGGAAACCAAGUUCUGGCGGGCAAAGAGAACACUGAAGAAGGAAGUAAAAGUCUACCUGGUAGCGCAGAUAAGCCCUUGGCUAAAGAAGAACUUGGAGAAAUCAGUGAUAAGUGUGAUAAUCAAACAGAGAAUAGUUGUGGGAGAAAGGCAGAUGACUCCAGAAAAGAUCAUGGAGUUGAUAGUAAAGACACAAGCAUUACAACAGCUUUAAAUGAUUCCCCAACCAAAGAAGGUACAAUAGAGUCAGUUUCAAAUCAAUCACAAGCUAACCCAAACACUGAAAAGAAAUCACAAGAAACUGGUCCUGACGUAAAUAAAGUGGAGAAUAACAUAAAGACUGAAUCGUGUACAGCUAAUGAACAGCUGAACAAGUUGUCGAACCAACAAACUCAGCAGCAACAAGUGAUGCAGACACAAGCUCAUGCUAUGCAACCCUCCCAGCCAAACCCUCAACAACUUCAGCAGCAGCAAAUCCACCCGCUGUCACAGCCAAAUCCUUUCCCGACACCAACAUCGGGUCCACCGCAGUCUGUGGCCAAUAACCAGCAGCAAGUUAUGCAGCAGCAGUUGGUUGUGCUGCAACAGAAGUUCUUCCAAAUGCAGCAACAACGCCAGCUUAUGAUGCAGCAGUACCAACACCUUCAGCAACAGCUACAGCAAAACCAAGAUCCCAUGAUCGGCGCCCAGCUUAUAGCCCUCCAGCAGCAGGGUCAGUUCCUUCAGCAGAGCCUUUUCCAAGUUUGGCAGCACAUGCAGAUGGUGCAGCAGCAAUUACAGGUGCCAGGAAAACCAGGCAUCAUGGUGCCUGGCCAGCAACCGCUGUUCCCGCAACCUGUGUCAUCGCCUGGUCCAAAUAAUCAGGCUCUUCCCUGGAGUCAGGAUCAGCAGGGUAUGGUGAGGUCUGGUAUGCCAGGUGCUCCAUUGAUGCCAGGAAUGAUGCCGAUACAGCCAUUACAGCGGCCUGAAGGUGUAGCUCCAUCUCCAAAACCUGAAAAACCACAGCGAAAGCCUCGCGCACGUGCGAAGAGUAAAGAUUCUCUGACACCACAAGCCUCGCCUCUACCUGGACAGGGCCCUCCUGCUGAUUGGAUGAAUUCCCCUCCUGCUGCCAGCAAGCCUGGGCCUAAACCAAGGGGCAAGAAGAGCAAAAAACAGUCAGACCUGGACGACCCUGAAAUUCAACUCCAACAACAGCGCCUUCAGCAGCAGAUACUCCAACAGAUUGAGCAGCGUCACAGGCUUAUCCAGCAGCAGCAGGAGCAGCAACAGCAAGGUCCGGUAGGUCCAGCACUAGGGAUGAACCAGCAGAUGAUGGGACCUCUUCACAUGGCUAAUCCAAGACCGCAGAUGCAGCAGCCAACCGCUCAGCCCAUGGGACCUGCAGCACCUCGGCACAUGGGUCCAAUUACUUCCUCUAUGGCUACUUCUUCACCUAACCAAAUAAGUAUUGUUUCACAGAACAUGGGAUCGGUAUCCUCUGCACCGCAGGGAACACAUCUUGGUCCUCCAAUGUCUGGAACGGUCAUGUCACAACCCAUGGUCUCUCAUGCCAGUCAGAAUUUUGGACCACAGUCACAGCCAAGUGGAUUUUCGAUGCCCCAGCAGAUUGUCACUCAGGGACACAUGGCAGCUUCUUCGUCUCCAGCCGUGCUCUCUAGCGCUUCACCCUCUCAGUUCAUGUCAAUGUCACAUCAUCAGCAGCCAGGGACCCCUGCACCACACAUGUCUCAAGCACCAACUCCGCAAAUUGGUGUUUCUCAAGGGGACACAGUACCAACUCAAAUGGGCCCACCACCAUCCCCACACCUGCCUGUUAUGAUGAACCAGCAGCAAGGGAGACCAAGUUUGGAUGAACAGCGUCGCUCUGAACCUGGCAGUCCCUUUGUGGAACCACAAAGCCCUCGCACUCCAUCUAGCACUGACCCAUUCGGCCAGCGCUUUCCUACACCUGACCAGUACUUACAAUUUACUCAGCAACAAGCACGCCAGAGGCAACCCAUUGUGGAGUAUGUAGCAGAUGCAAAUAAUCCAUUUAGUGACGACUUCCGAGUUAUGCCUGUGAAGGCUAAACCAGCUAGAGCCGCAUCCAAGAGAAAACGUAAUACAAAAGAAAAGAACAGCAAGUUACCUCUGCCGUCCGUUCCUGAAGGCAAAAUUCUGACUGAUAUCCCACCCUCUCUGCCAUCCACAGCUUCCCAAAUUGGAGAACAGGUUGUAAACACCCGGACCUCAAGUAAUGAGCCUAGCCUCCCUGAAGCUCCUGCCAAAGACAAAGCUGAUAGCGUCAUAGAAGACGGGGGUGUUCAAGAAAAAAAGCCAGAAUGUGAUUUACAAGUUCCUGAUAGUUCUAUUGAUUCCACAGCAGCAACACAAGCCUCUAAAGACCCAACUUCGUGUGAAGAGACCACACAAGCCAAAACCAAGAAGGUUGCAUGUAGUGGAGCCUUGCAGAAACUGGAAUCCAUGGUUGCAGAUAUUGCGACUGAAGAGGAGGCAUGCAAAGACCAGGAGACUAGGGACGGAGAUGAGUUUGAUUUCGAUCUGUACAAUGAAGGGACUGACCAAGAAGUUGCGAAUCUGUGUAGGCUAGCAGAGCUUAGGUCUCCCUUACAACAGAUGGAACGAGACCAUAAUAUGCAGCCAUCAGGAUCGCAAGCCAACUCCGUCAUUUCUUUGGAAUGUCAUGAAGAGGUUCCUUCUUUUGUGUCACCAGUGCAGGAUGAUCAACAGACAGGGAAAAAAUCAGCCGUGAACUCACGUGAAGGUUCACCCCUUCCUACGAAUUUAGAGAUAGGCAAUGCGUCAAAAUCCGUCUCAACAGUCAAAUCUGAAGAGCAAGAGCAAAGUGAGGCUUCCUGUGUUCAGUCUUCUAGUUCUAUAUGUGAAGAAAAUACUUCGAAAAACAACGAUGAUUGUGCAAAACAAGGCACUUUGAGUGAUCGGGUCCUUUCUGAUGAUCAAGCUGCCAAAGCUGUGUCGAAAACAAACCAAGAUUCUCAGCAAAUUGAGCAAGACAAGGAGAUUGUAUCCUCACAAGAGCCAAAUGAUACAGCCACCAUGAUUCAACAAGACCCCACUUCAAUUACUCGAGAGUCUGAUUCUAUACCUGGAACACAUGAAGCUAAAAAUGAGAGUACCGUCAAGCCCAACUCGGGAACACUCAACCAUAGUGGAAACAUUAGUAGUAGUUUGGACUUGGAGCAAGAAGCCAAAGCCAUUAUUUCCACAGCUUCAUCUACAGUCCCAUCUAUUCAGACCGAAUCAGUAAUUUCUGUAUCGCAUGGAACCUUAGAAGAGCAUCUUGCCCCAACUGGACCAAGUGUAUUGUCAUUCAAUCAGAUAAACCCUGGCGAACCAUCGUACAAUUUCGCACAACGUGAACCUAACAUUUCGGCACCCGUGCCUGACCAUGAUGCCGUCAUGGUAUCUGGAAAUGACCCUAUGCUUGGAGGCCAGAUCAUCCAGGCAGAAGGCCAGGGAGCCUUGAUGACCAGCAGGCUGGCACCCAAGGCAGUUGCCCCCAAACCACGAACGCCCUCUAAAUCAAGGAGUAGAAAGACCUCGAAAACUGAGAACAUCAAACCAGUUGUGGCCAGUGUCAUGGAUUUCCGUAAGGCAGAAUACGAACGAAAAAAGAGGGAAUUUGAAGAACAGCAAAGUAAAAAACGGAUGCAACAGAAGCAGCUUCGGGAACAGAAGAUUCGAGAACGUGAGGAACGGAAGAGGCAGCGUAUGUUUGGCAACUCCCCGAAGACAAAAACGCGAGAGAAUCAGCUGCAGAAAAGUCGUAAACUGGAGAAUAUUGAGGCGGAAAGUGUAGGUGAUAGUGUGUCGUUACCAUUAUGCGAACCCAAAUUGCUUCUCACCCAUGCACUUAUGCAUCCUUACGGUUCAGCUCCAUUUAAUGGUCAGUGUACCCUGAAUGGAACCUUUGGUAAUGCUUCGAUCGAGAACACUGCAGAUUACUAUUCGAGGUUUCCCUCACCUGAUCUCGAUGUUGUGCUGUCUAAGUACGCCCAGCGAAAGCCUCUUGUAAAUGGCGAUGUAACGGUUGAGGGGCAGGUUGAAGUCAUGGGGCUAGAAUCUAAAGUACCACUAAAAUUACGGGCUAUGAACAUGGUCCCUUUGAAAAGCGUGCGAGAGCUGAAGACCGAACGGUUUCAUUCGGCAGAGAACGGAUUUUCAACAGAGCACUCUUCUGCUGCCUCUUCACCUGAUACCCAGUACAUAAUGUCUUCCUCUCCCGAGAUAGAUGCUAGCAGCAAGCCCAAGAACCUUAGCUUCCCUGCACUUUCCAACCGUGAAAUCUCGGAGUCUCCUGUGUUUUCUCCUCUAGCGCCUGUAAACAUCAAACGUGAGCAAAUCAGUGCUUUUGGCACAAACUCAUGCUCUGGUUCGUCCCGAGCUGAUAACCCUAAUGACAGCCGGACUUGUCAGCCUUCCAGGGCAGGCCCCUCGCUCAGGCUGGACCAAGAUAUUGACGACUUAGAUAGCAUCAAUGUUACGCUAACCUUGUCUCCUUCGUCUGAAAUGCGGGUUUCAGAGACUGUUCAUUCUGUGGCGGAGCUCAUUGGCUGUUCCCCUCCAAGACCUUCGGACAUAGUUAUCGAACCCUCAUGGAAAACGUCGGUAACAAGCCCCACAUCAAACUCUAUGCCUUCCAGGUCUUAUUCAUUUCCUGUCACGUCUCCAACUGUGUCUAAGACUCCGUAUCCAUACUCGCAGUUUGACGUGACAUUGGAUAAAAAAGAGAGAAAGAAACCAGAUGGGCCUUAUUGCCGCCAUUGUGAUGUUCUUAUUAUUGGCAUUGGCGUGACAAGAGACCCGAUUGACCAGGCUGAUAUUGAACAGAACGAACAAUCAGCGCAAAAGGAUUUCAGAGUACAGAGUGUCAACGUUGAAGCUGGAGAUAGUCGUGACGCCUUUUGCUCAGAAGCAUGCUUAAAGCAGUAUUACUCGCAUCUUGAGGCCACAUCCUCCGGAAUGAAGACAGACGAUGUGAAGUCUUUGUCUGCAGCAUCACUAGCAGUGAGCAUAGGUCAGUCCACAAACUCGACUAGCAUGGAAGCGGUCAUGGCAGUGGGUCAAGAGAAUCGAGGCCAGCAUGCUGCUGAGGGAUUGCCCGCUUCUGCUAUGCUGAAGCUUCGUCGUCCCAGCUGGAAAGAAGAAGAUAGCUUAGGGGAGAAGGAAGGUAAAGUUCGUCGGGAUACAAGGUGGAAGCGAUGGCAAAAAUCAGACAUGAAAGAUAGCAAGCCCAAGCAGGAACUAAAUGCCAUGGAAGUCGCUGAGUUAAUGGAAAAAUAUGGUGCUGUGUUUCGACCAAUGGAUCUUCCUGAAGAUACUCGGAAGUGUACCCUCUGCGGAGCAUCGGGUGAUGGCGAGUCUGAAGGCACAUCACGACUUCUCAAUCUGGAAGUCGAUGUCUGGGUUCACCUCAACUGCGCUCUCUGGUCACUUGAAGUCUACGAAACGCUAAAUGGAGCUCUCAUGAACGUCAUGUUAGCAGUCAAACGUGGAAUCAACACGGAAUGCUGUAUGUGUCAUAAGAUGGGUGCGACUGUGGUCUGCAACAGAGUGAACUUCUACAACAAAGUGCGAUGCUCUAACACCUAUCACUUUGGCUGUGCCAUAAGGAAUAACUGUAUGUUCUUCAAGGACAAGACUAUGCUCUGCCAUGAGCAUCGGCCCGAUGGCGACCGGGAGGACCGGCUGCCCUCCUAUGCAGUUUUCAGAAAGGUGUUUAUUCACAGAGACGAGAUCGAGCAAAUAGCCAGAAUGUUGCGGCACAAUCAAGAGUCUGGCGGCGAUAAACUGCAGACGCUGAGAAUAGGAAGUCUUGUGGUGAAGUCUCUAGGGCAACUUCUGCUACAUCAGCUACAGACCUUCCACACAAGAAAUGCAGUAUACCCUGUUGGAUUCAAUAGCAUCCGAUUCUACUGGAGCAUGCGUGAAAUAAACAAACGUUGCCAGUAUCACUGCAAGGUGGAGGAGUGCGAAGGCAUGCCCCUCUUUACACUACGCGUCAACGAGCAGGGACACGAGGACACGGUGUUCAAGGGGAAAUCGCCUAGAGACGUUUGGAAGCAAGUGCUUGAACCUAUCCAUAAGCUACGGAAAGAAGCCGUUCUCGUGAACCUCUGGCCCGCAUACAUCACAGGGGAGGACCUUUUUGGUUUGACGGAGCAGUUCGUACUACGGAUCAUCGAAUCGAUGCCUGGCGUGGAUUACAUGCAGGGUUACAACAUGCGCUAUGGCCCCUCCAGUAUCAUGGAGAUGCCCCUGGCAAUUAACCCCACCGGGUGCGCACGCGCAGAGGCGCUCAUAAAAACGCACUUCAGAAGCACGAGGGCGCGCGCUUUGCGCACUACCACAGGCGGCUCGUCUUCUUCGUCGUCUAGAGCUACCGCUGGUAGCAAUGCCGCAGGCAAUAGUAGUCGCGAAGCGGAGGAAUCGACUUCGCUCUACAUGAAGCAGUUCGUGUACUCCAAGGCGUCCCAGUACCGCAAGCUGAAGACUGAGUGGCGACAGAACGUGUUCCUUGGGAGGUCUAACAUCCAGGGGCUUGGUCUUUUCGCCAAUCGUGACAUGGAACCGGGUUGUAUGGUCAUCGAAUACAUCGGUUCUAUUAUCCGUAACGAGGUGGCGAACAAGAAGGAGAGCAUUUACGAGUCACAAAACCGAGGAAUUUACAUGUUUCGCAUCGACUCUGACUCUGUAAUUGAUGCGACGAUUGCCGGAGGGCCUGCGCGAUAUAUCAACCACUCGUGCAUGCCCAACUGCGUCGCUGAGGUGGUGACAUUCGAAAAGGAGCAGAAGAUCAUUAUUAUCUCGAGCCGCAAGAUCGAGAAGGGGGAAGAGCUGACCUACGAUUACAAGUUUGACUUUGAGGAUGAUGAACACAAGAUCUCAUGUCUGUGCGGAGCUCCUAAUUGCCGCAAGUGGAUGAACUAGCCAUAUCACCAUACGCCAUUACCGAUUCAUACCCACUCGUAUUAUUUAUUAGGGAACAUUUUUUUAAGAGAUUAACCCCAACGCAACUUAUAUAGUCCAGAAUAGCAUAGAUUCAGUUUAAAAGAUAAUAAAGAAUUUAAAUAAUUCAAUCAAUAUAUGUAAUUGUUAUUGGGAAUCCAAGAGGACGCUCGGACAGCUAUUUGUAAAGCGGCCAGUGAGUUCCAUUUCAUGAUUUUUCUUACUCAUUAACUUGAGUGCAUUUCUCUCUCUUCUCGUUCAUCUGUCUCUUAUUCUGUUCAAAUCGUGCUGGGACUUCGCCAGUGAAUAGAAUAUUUAGUAAAUGUUUUACAAAUUUUAUUGAAAUAUCAUUAAUGCACUUCUAGUGCAACCCAAAAUGAGUGUAUAUAAUACAAUACAUAUAAUGUCUGCUUUUAUUAAACAGUUGCAAUGGAAAUAAAUGCUAUAUUUGCUGUUUUGUCA